UUCGAAUUCGCGUUCAUGCAUCCCACAGGCGCACUUUACGUCGCGUAUAAUUUUCAUCUCCCCGGAGGACCGGAACAUCCGCGCUGCUGCCGUGCACUAAAUUAUCAGUAUCUAGCGUGCUCCUGCGGCACAUCCAAACCAUUUUCGUCUCCUCUCCCCGAGAUAACACCAAUAUUCCCCUCUCUCCUAUUUCAAACUCACCGUCUCUCUCUCUCUCUCUCUCGCUCGCUCGCAGAAAUUCCUCGUACUCGAUAAUUGCAGCCGACCAAAUAAAAGCUCCAGACUUCCAGAUGGUCGAGUAGAGGAGAACAAAAAUAAAGAUGAAGUAUAAUUGGCAUUCAAAAACAAAAUUGCAGGCCAUUUUUAUACCGCUGGUGGUCUCAUCACUGUUGCUGCUUGUGCUCCUUCCGUCCUCUGCUGCUCCGCUGGGGAAGACGUGCCUGAUAGAUCGGAAUUGCGACGAGGGGCUGCAUUGCGAGACGUGCGUCGCGGACGGCGAUAUCCGGCCAAGGUGUACCCGGAUCAAGCCCACGGAUCCCAAAUCUAAGGGGGGAAGCGAUCUGCCGUUCAAUAGGUACGCGUGGAUGACGACCCACAACUCGUAUGCGAAGAUCGGGCAGAAGUCGUAUACGGGAACCCCCACACUCGCCCCCAUGAACCAGCAAGACUCCGUCGCCGACCAGCUCAACAAUGGUGUCAGGGGCUUGAUGCUGGAUAUGUAUGACUUUCUAAACGACAUCUGGUUGUGCCACUCCUUUGGUGGCAAUUGCUACAACAUCACUGCCUUUCAACCUGCCAUCAAUGUGCUUAAAGAAAUUCAGGCAUUCCUUGAAGCAAACCCUUCAGAAGUCAUCACCAUAUUUAUUGAAGACUAUGUCACCUCCCCUAAGGGUCUCACUAAAGUGUUUACCAACUCAGGCCUAAUGAAGUAUUGGUUCCCAGUUUCCCGAAUGCCCAAGAAUGGUGGGGACUGGCCGUUGCUCAGUGACAUGAUCAACAAGAAUCAACGUUUGCUGGUUUUCACAUCGAAAUCAUCGAAAGAAGCCACCGAGGGCAUCGCAUACCAGUGGAGAUACGUAGUAGAAAACCAAUAUGGAGAUGGAGGAAUGAAAGAUGGUUCAUGCCCUAAUCGUGCCGAGUCGCCCUCCAUGAAUACCAAGUCAAGGUCACUUGUUUUGAUGAACUAUUUUCCAGAUGCACCAAAUCUCGCAGCAGCAUGCAAGGAAAAUUCAGCUCCACUUGAGACUAUGCUGAACACUUGUCACAAUGCAUCAGCUAACCGUUGGCCAAACUUUAUAGCAGUAGAUUUUUACAAGAGAAGCAAUGGAGGUGGAGCCCCAGAAGCUACAGAUACGGCAAAUGGGCAGCUAAUUUGCGGAUGCAAUAGUGUUGCACAAUGCAAGAUUAAUGCCUCCUGGGGCCAAUGCCAAGAUUCACCAAAGGCUGCACCCGCUGGGUUUGGACAGCAGAAAACAAAGUCAAAUGCUUCAGCUGGUGGCAGGUCACUUCUAAAGUGGUGUCGGAUGACUAUGAUGUCCAUGGCCAUUGCCCUGUCACUUUUGUAGAUUGUAGUCCGUCUGUUGAUGAUGUAUGGAUUCUGAGCCAGCCGUGUAAGCGGAGCAUAUUAAUUGACACAUCUUAAGCCCAGCAUUCUCUUUGUUAUCG